ACUAACACUGCACUGUAAUGCAAACACUUGGUGUCGUUUUGAUAGCAAUGCAUUCUAGUUUCUGUGUAUCAGCUUCCCUUCACGCAGUCAGUGCAUGGAUAGAAUUUGAUGCCGUACAUGUGUCAUGUGUAGAUGCAGAUCUGAGUUUCAAGCUUGAAGCCAUAGCUGUUUUAAAUCGGAAAGAUUCAACGUACAAGGGUAUCUCUAUUGGGAAACUAGGGGCAGUGUGGAUCCCACCGAUUCAUGAAUCCCACCGUUUCGCACACUGACUUCCAAAGUCCCAUACCCUCAUUCUACUUGGGAGCCCCCACGUAUCCCAAGCCUAACCACCUUGCUAAUAGUCAUUUGUUCCUUUUAGAAAACGCUCCCGCAUGUUCAAAUGUUUUUAUCUCCAACCGUUCUCCCAUUCCCUGCCCAAAUACAAUGUUCCGAGACUGAAAAACCAUUAUCUUUUUCUUCCUUUUUUCACUGAAAUGGAUUUCCACACAGGAAAGAAAAUAAUCUACAUUUUCCAUUUUUUUUCCCCUUCCUUGUUUGGUGUGCCACCUGGAGACAUACUAGUUAGCCUUGCUGUCAACACGGGCAGACUGGUUCUUCAUGCCAGGUAUCUGUCCAAACUCCCCUUAAGACACGUUUCAGUAUUCUUAAUUACUCA